AUGCCUAGAGACGAUUUGUCCAUCGACUUCGUCAAGAGGAUGCCUCAAGCCGAGCCCCUCGAUCCCGGCAUAAUCCUCGAAGAUUGGAUCAAUCGAGUCCAAAAUCUCCCCGAAGAGAUCCAAUUCGUCCAAAACGAGGUUGCCGACAAAGACCGCCAAUACAACGAAUGCGUGCGUAUAAUCGAGGAUCGCGACGGCAAGAUUCAAAAAUGGAUCAAGACCAACGGAAGCCACGAGCCAAACCCUAAGGAGGAACUUCUUCGAGCCCAGGUUCGCGAGAACUAUGCCCGAGCAGAUCAGCUGUCGCAGGAAAAGAUCGUUCUACACCAGAAGAUGCAGCUCCUAAUGGACAAGCAUCUACGAAACUUGGACUCUCAGAUAAAGCAGCUCUACGACAGAGCCGAGCCUGGCUUUACUGACCCCGAUGAGGUCCCGUCCUUGCUCCGACCAAGUGCCGCAAACCAUACCGCUCCCUCGAUCCGCGCCAUCAACCCAGCGAGCCACAUGACGACUGCCGCUGGCCCAUCUACUCCUCUUGCCGCCGCGGCGCAAACCUCUUCAAAUCCCACACUCGCUCGGCUUCCCAAUCACCCAAACGUCCGACACGCACAGGCGCAGCAGCAUGCAGCAUCCGCCCCUGCAACACCUGCGGCCAGCAUAAUCCUGAAUAGACAAAGAGAGGGGUCUGCAGGGCCUGCAACGAAGCGGGCUCCCCGUAUAAAUCCUGCCCUGGGUACUUUGCCAACUGCGUCUAGUGGUUUGGCAAGGCACUCUUCGCUCGGUCCAGGUACCCCUAAGGGAGGCGCACCUGGAGGAGCAGGGCUGGCGAGGGCAGGUAGUGCAGGUCCCAGAGCUGGCUCUGUCAAGUCAGCAGGAACAGUGAGCGGGCGCCGAGGCACACCGACUGGCGGAGCAAGAAAGAAGAUGCCCAAUAAGUCGAAUCUAUCGCGAGUAAAGAAGGCUUCGAACCGAAACUCCCCUGCGGCAACGAAUGAUAGUGAGCUUUCGGAUGUCGACAGCGGUAGUGGGGAAGAAGAAGAGGGCGCAGACGGUCGGUCAAGGGGUACGCCUGUGGCCGACGGCAAAGAUAUGGACGGCGAUGACAUCGUUGGGGAUGCUGAUGAAGACGAUGAAGAGGCUGGUGACGACAAAAAAUAUUGCUUGUGCCAUAACGUUAGCUACGGCGAUAUGGUUGCAUGCGACAAUGACAAUUGUCCUUACGAGUGGUUCCACUGGUCCUGCGUCGGUCUCAAAAGCGAGCCUAAUGGGACGUGGUACUGCCCGGUAUGCGCUGAGAAAUUCAAAAAGAGCAAGUAG